AUGGUAGAAGACCCCGAGGGAGAGAUGGAUUUAUUCGAGAGGCUUGGGCUCGUGGAGAGUUCGCAAGACGCUCCACAACGCUCGGUCUCUGCGCCGGACGACUUGAGCCCCAGCAAACGGAAGAAGUCGAACCAGUCGAACGUUCAUAAGGAGAAGCAAGACACCUCCACCUGCGCCAGCUUGUGCAACCUGUUGCCCUGCGCUGCUCCAGUUCGGGUCUCGAGCCCCGAGUUGCGUGCAGUGCCCGAGGAGUCCGAAUCGCCUUCUCCAUCGCGGGUCAACUCUCCGCAGGGAGCUGAAAGCGUGGUUGAUGCAAAAGAUGCCUUUGCGGGUGCAGUCGAGCUGGUGGACGAGACCAAGCAGGCCGGCACUGUCGUGCCCUCGGCUGAGCCGGUGGACGAGGCCGAUGCCUUUGGCCCCGUGUGCAGCGAGCAGGAUCAGCAGACCUGCAUUCUCACCGAGUCGGUCGCAACUCAUCGACCCUCGUGGGAACCCCGGGAGGAUGCCAGUGAAUCGUCUCAGCCAUUGCUGUGUUCUGAGGACGGUCGCAUUCCACCGGAGCAUCCUAACCGAGUGGAGGACGGUGAGUCGAGUGUGACAUCAUCUCGAUCUGGCAUGGAGGCCUUGACGCGGCUCUUAGGAACUGCAGUGGGACAUUGGGGAGAUGGCUGGUCGGAGACUCCACAGAGCAGAUCUCGCAGGAGUCGACAUCUGGCUUGGGGAGACGGUUUCAGCGAGAUGUCCAGGUCAGAAACCAAAGAGAGUUUCGACUGGGACGCAAUGUUCUCUCCUCAGGUCCGACGUGGGGACGACCUGGUCUGA